ACUUUGCCGCAUUUCUAUCGCCUAAUUCCAACAACCCCAAAUCAAUCCCAUCAAAAUAUUGCAAUAUUUCAACUAUCUCGACCUGAUGCAUCCGCCUCCUUCAUCGCCCGCAGUACAUCCCCGCUAUCUAACCUAACGAACGGAUUACGUCAAUACGCGUCGACUCUCGUGUGCACUAAUCGUUCGGACUGUCAAUGUUUACGUUUUUGCCCGAAAACAUUUUCCACCUGAAAAAGUGUAAUAUCGACCUCAACAUCACGGAGUAUUUGAAGGGUUUAAGAAAGGCUGUCGAAGUGUACGCGCGAGUGAAUCUUUACGAUUAUAAUAUAAGCAAUAUAACUGCUAAUAUGUAAUAAGUUUAACUUUACUGCCAAAUGCAAUAAAUAGGUUAAUUAUAUUUGAGAACGAGGUCCAGUUUUGUGUGAAAAGUGGAGGACAUAGCGGCAAAGAGAAAUGCCGGGUUUACCCCGGUAACUGAUAGGUAUAGUGUUAUUUUGACGAUCGCAACAACAGCUUCCGACGGAUUCACCUUGAUAAACGAUUACAACGCCGCCCCGCUGUUCGCCUCGGAAAACGCCUCCAGUGAAGUGUGGAGCGCGGGCGGCGGGGCCGGCAGCGCAACAGCAUGCGGUAGCAGCGGCAUGGACCUGAAGCACGAGGUGGCGUACCGCGGCGUCCUGCCCGGCCAGGUGAAGGCCGAGCCCGGUGUCAGCCACAACGGUCACCCGCCCGGCGGCCACCCGCCCAGUGGCCACCCGCCCAACGGCCACCCGGCCAACGGGCACGUGCGAGAGUGGAUGGCCGGCGGCGCGGCGGGAGGCGGUUCGCCCUCACCGGGUGGCGCCGCGCAACCCCAGCCCAACAACGGUUACUCCUCCCCACUCUCCUCUGGCAGCUACGGACCCUACAGCCCCAAUGGAAAAAUAGGUCGUGAGGAGUUGUCUCCAGCGUCGAGUAUCAAUGGAUGCAGUACGGAUGGGGACGCGCGGCGGCAGAAGAAGGGCCCUGCGCCGCGCCAGCAGGAGGAACUAUGCCUGGUGUGCGGCGACCGCGCUUCCGGCUACCACUACAACGCGCUCACCUGUGAAGGAUGCAAAGGAUUCUUCAGGCGGAGUGUUACCAAAAAUGCAGUAUAUAUAUGUAAGUUUGGACACGCGUGUGAAAUGGACAUGUAUAUGCGACGCAAAUGUCAAGAGUGCCGGUUGAAGAAGUGUUUGGCGGUUGGUAUGCGGCCCGAGUGCGUGGUGCCGGAGACGCAAUGCGCUAUGAAGAGGAAGGAGAAGAAGGCGCAGAGGGAAAAGGACAAACUGCCCGUCAGUACGACCACAGUCGACGACCACAUGCCACCCAUAAUGCAGUGUGACCCACCUCCCCCAGAAGCCGCUAGGAUUCUGGAAUGUUUGCAGCACGACUUGGUACCGCGGUUCCUCCCGGACAAGUUGCUGGAGCAGAACAGGUUGAAGAACAUCCCGGCGCUCACCACCAACCAGCAGUUCCUCAUCGCGAGGCUCGUCUGGUACCAGGACGGCUACGAGCAGCCUUCCGAGGAGGAUCUGAAACGGGUCACAGAAACGUGGCAGCAUGGUGAAGAGGACGAGGAAGAAUCGGACCUACCCUUCCGUCAGAUCACAGAGAUGACGAUUCUCACAGUGCAGCUGAUCGUAGAGUUCGCUAAGGGCUUGCCAGGGUUCGCCAAGAUCUCACAGCCUGAUCAAAUUACAUUAUUAAAGGCGUGUUCGAGCGAGGUGAUGAUGCUGCGAGUGGCGCGGCGUUACGACCCCGAAACUGACAGCGUGCUGUUUGCCAACAACAAGGCGUACACGCGCGACAACUACCGCAAGGCCGGUAUGGCCUACGUCAUCGAGGAUCUGCUGCACUUCUGCCGCUGCAUCUACACCAUGUCGCUCGACAACGUCCACUACGCCCUCCUCACCGCCAUCGUUAUAUUCUCAGACCGGCCGGGGCUGGAACAGCCGAAGCUGGUAGAGGAGAUACAGCGGUACUACCUGAACACGCUGAAGAUGUACGUGGUGAACCAGCACAGCGCGUCGCCCCGCUGCUCCGUCAUAUACGGCAAGAUCCUGUCCGUGCUGUCGGAGCUGCGCACGCUGGGCAUGCAGAACUCCAACAUGUGCAUCUCGCUCAAGCUCAAGAACAGGAAGCUGCCGCCAUUCCUCGAGGAGAUCUGGGACGUGGCGGACGUCUCGACGACGCAGCCUCCGCCCGUCACCGACGCGCGUACGGAGCUCUAGCGGCCCCGCGAGAGCACCGCCCCCCGCGCCGCGCCGCGCACCACGCCCUGCGGCCUCUGAGCCCCGCCCAACGAGCUCGAUGGACACGUACCGACUUACCAUGUGUUACGCAACGAUUGGGAGACCGGAUUUCCUGUCUAUGAUAAAACUCCAUAGGAUUAGAACAUA